UAUUUCUGUUUUUAUGUUAAAUUUCUGGGUUUGCCUUCUUCUCUCAUCUAAAACACUCUUCAAAUCUGCGAGGGCUAGUAGCUUAAGUAGGUAAGAGAGUUUUUCCUCCGUUUGAAGUUCUGCACUCGAAGUCGUGUGUUUGAAUCUUCUCCUAGUAUUUCUUUGUAUAGAAAUACAAGCUUCCAAAAGGGGAAGCCGGAAGAAAAAUGGUGACCGUCGUCACUAGAGGUGGUGGUGGUGGUGGUGCACAAGGCAAUGUGAUCAAGAGAGGAAGUUGCAUAUGCAGCAAAGAUGAUUUCUUGCCGGAGGAGUCGUUCAAGAGCUGGGGAAACUAUGUUCAUGCGCUGUCCAGCACGAAAACAAGGCUCAAAGACCGGCUUCUUGCGCGGUCCCUGGACCACCAGGAGGUCGAAGAAAUUCGUGCACGUAGUCAGAAUCAGAUGAAGAAAACCCUAAACUGGUGGGAUCUCAUUUGGUUCGGCAUUGGAGCGGUCAUGGGGUCGGGGAUUUUUGUUCUCACAGGUCAGGAAGCAAGAAAUCAUGCUGGCCCUGCUAUAGUAAUCUCUUACUUCAUAUCCGGCGUUUCAGCAAUGCUAUCAGUUUUGUGCUACACUGAGUUUGCAGUGGAACUCCCUGUGGCGGGAGGCUCAUUUUCUUAUCUUAGGGUGGAGCUUGGUGAUUUUGUGGCUUAUAUUGCUGCCGGAAACCUCCUCUUUGAGUAUAUAAUUUCAGGAGCUAGUGUGGCAAGGUCAUGGACCUCGUACUUUGCUACAUUGUGCAACCACAGCCCCAACGAUUUUCGCAUCACCGCAUCAUCCCUUGCCGAUAACUUCAACCAUUUAGACCCAAUCGCGGUUUUUAUCUCCAUUUUGGUUUGUUUUGGUGCUGCCUUGAGCAUGAAGGCUUCGUCUAGAUUCAAUUGGGUUAUGUCUAUCACCCAUCUGGUGGUCUUGAUUUUCAUCCUUGUCGCCGGCAUGACUAAGGCUGACCCUACUAAUUUCACUACAAACUUUGCACCAUUUGGUAUCCACGGAAUCUUGAAAGCUUCAGCUGUUCUCUUCUUUGCGUACGUGGGAUUUGACGGUGUAGCAACGUUGGGGGAGGAGACGAAAAACCCUGGCAGAGAUAUCCCGAUUGGGCUGAUUGGCUCAAUGUUGACUAUCAUAACAACUUAUUGCCUUCUUGCAGCCACAUUGUGCCUGAUGCAGCCAUACAGCCAAAUUGAUCCUGAUGCAUCAUUCACCGUUGCAUUCCAAGCCGCGGGUAUGAAUUGGGCCAAGUACAUUGUUGCACUCGGAGCACUUAAAGGCAUGACAACCGUCCUGCUUGCCAACCUUCUUGCCCAAGCUCGUUAUUUCACUCACAUUGGACGCACCCACAUGGCACCUCCAUUCCUGGCAUCCAUCCAUCCGAAAACUGGCACGCCUGUGAAUGCCACGGUUUUUAUGACGGUUCUAAACUCCCUUGUUGCAUUCUUCACAAGCCUUGAUGUCCUGACAGACCUUCUCUCAAUAUCAACCCUGUUUAUCUUUACACUUGUUGCCCUAGCACUUAUUGUAAGGCGAUACUACGCUUCUGGUGAAACCUCAACUCCCGACAGAAACAAACUCGCUGUGUUCUUGGUACUGAUCGUAGGAUCAUCAGUUGGUUCUUCUAUUUUUUGGGCAGUUAGCAACGGUUGGAUUGCCUACACUGUGACAGUCACAAUUUGGUUUGUUGCCACAUUAGGCCUACAGUUGACUCUCAAACAAGCAAAGAAACCUAAACUUUGGGGGGUGCCAUUAGUCCCUUGGUUGCCAUCAGCCAGCAUUGCCAUCAACAUCUUCAUCUUGGGAUCCAUCGAUGGUGCAUCGUACAUAAGAUUCGGCGUUUGGACGUUGAUUUUGCUCGUGUACUAUUUGUUCGUGGUGCUGCACGCUUCGUACGACGCAGCUAGGGAGCUUGAAAGAAAGGCAGUUGAUGCUAAUAUGGAGGCUGGGACUAGCAGAAUCAUUGAAUUUAACUGAAAAUCUGAGUCUCUUCUUUCUGCAUCUCUGUACAAGUCCUAAAUUCAAUUCACUAUUUUUAUUUUUUUUACC